AUGGCGUCGCGGCCCUCGUGGGACUAUAUCCUAAAAUUCAUCAUUAUUGGCGAUGCGUCCGUAGGCAAAUCUUCCUUGUUGGUGCGCCUUACGGAGGAUCGUUUUUUGGUUGACUCUGAUGCAACGAUCGGUAUUGAAUUUGGCUCUCAUAUAAUCACGCUUGACUCGGGUGAGCGUCUCAAGCUCCAAGUCUGGGACACAGCCGGCAGCGAGCAGUUCCGCAGUAUUACGCGCUCGUACUAUAAAGGAGCGGCAGGGUGCUUGCUUGUCUAUGACGUGACGGAGCGCGAUACAUUUGAGCAUCUGCCUACGUGGCUGCACGACGUGCGUGAGCAGGCCGAAGAGAAUGCGACAAUUGCACUCGUCGGCAACAUGGCCGAUCGCCCCGAUACACAGCGCGUCGUGACGCACGAUGAAGCGGCAGCCUUUGCGCAAGAGAACAAUCUCCUCUUUUUCGAAACGAGUGCCAAGACCGGCGAGAACGUCGCCCAAGUCUUCCAUGCUGUGGCAAGCGCGAUUCUUGCGCGAUACAAGGCUGACCCCCCCGAGCGGCGUCGCGAGGCGACCGUCAACCCGACGCAGUCACAAGAGUCGACGGCGUGUUGCUCGGUGAUGUGA